AUGUGUAUAUUAUAUACUUUAAUACACCGGAUCAAUAUCAACUUAUUAAGAAUGUCCUUGGAAAUAAAUAAAGAAUCUAUUACUAUGAACGAUUCGGUAGAAAAACCACAACAUAAUUUUCUACAAUAA